ACAAAUACUAAAAAAAAAUGUGCUCACCGCGUCUUCCUGUCUGAAAGAUACUUCUCAGCAGUUAAAAAUCCUCCCUUUUUUUACUUAUAUUCUUCCCCAAUUCUUGAAAUUCAGUUUUUAAGGCUUCUUCAUCUCUGCUUCCAAGCUACUUCUUCCCUUACACACACACACCAAUUACAUAUACACAUCCAAUAAAUUCUUGAAUCUGUUCAGUUUUGGUUCAACACAGUGAGGAAAACAAAGAAAGAAAUCAAGAAUGAUGAGUAACAGAGAUCUAGAGAGGGGAGGAGGAACAAAAUCAAGAAAUGGGACAUUAUAUCCUCCACCAACAUCAGCUUAUUAUAUGGAGAAUUCUGAAUCACAGUGGACAUCUUGGUUGGUUCCAAUGAUUGUGGUUGCAAAUGUAGCCAUGUUUAUUUUAAUCAUGUUUGUUAACAAUUGUCCAAGUAAUAUUAGUGACAGUUUUAACAGCAGAGGCAGAAAAUGUGUUGCAAGAUUCCUUGAGAGGCUUUCUUUUCAACCCCUUCAGGAAAAUCCUCUUUUUGGACCCUCUUCUACCACACUACAGAAACUGGGAGCUCUAGAAUGGAAUAAAGUAGUGAACGAGCAUGAAGGCUGGAGACUUAUCACUUGUAUCUGGUUACAUGCCGGUGUUGUUCAUUUGCUUGCCAACAUGUUGAGUCUGGUUUUCAUUGGGAUUCGCCUUGAGCAGCAGUUUGGAUUUGUCCGUGUAGGGAUUAUCUACCUUUUGUCCGGAAUUGGUGGGAGCGUUCUUUCUUGCCUUUUCAUUCAACGCAGCAUCUCUGUUGGAGCUUCUGGUGCUCUAUUUGGACUUCUUGGAGCUAUGUUAUCAGAGCUGCUUACUAACUGGACUAUAUAUACCAAUAAGGCUGCAGCUCUUUUCACUCUGAUUAUCAUUAUCGCGAUUAACUUAGCUGUUGGUCUUCUUCCACACGUUGACAACUAUGCCCAUAUUGGAGGUUUCAUGAGUGGUUUUCUUCUUGGCUUUGUUCUGCUACUACGACCUCAGUUUGGUUGGAUCGAAAGGCAACAUCUUCCAGCUGAAGCUCGCCUCAAGUCCAAGUUCAAAGUUUACCAAUAUGUUCUCCUGCUGAUUGCCUCGAUUUUGUUGAUUGUUGGAUUCACAGUGGGAUUAGUGAUGCUAUUUAGAGGUGUAAAGGCAAACGAGCAUUGCAAUUGGUGCCGUUACUUGAGCUGCUUGCGUACAUCACGUUGGAGCUGUGAUAACUAAGAGAUUUUCCCUUCUGUUCUGCGGCUAUGAUAUUUCUCAUCAUUUCUGUCUUUAUUCAUCUUAGACUAAUUAAAACAUAUUGUUUAUAUGUUACUUUUACAUGUAUAGUGACUGCUGGUUUUGUUGUGUGGAUAUAUUAUAAUAUAUUGCAAAUCUGUUUACUAUUUGCAGUGGAUCUCCAUUCUUUAUGUAAGACAGCAAAUUUUUUUA